AAACUAUCUAUGAUUAAUAUACAUCAUCGUACAGCUCACAGAGUUUCCUUUUCCUUCUUUUCUCUCUGUGAGUUUAUUUUCGCUCCUCUGCUCUGCACCAAAAGCUACCUACGAACCCUAGCGAAAAAAAGCUUUCGACCUCUUCCACAAAUAGCAGAUCUCCACGUGGGGGUUAAUGAAAAGUUCUUUAGUUUUUCACUCUUGUACCUACCUGAUUAUGUCAUAAACUUCUUUGCAGCUCUAGAAGUUUCUUAUGAUUUUGAAGAUUGAGAACUCUUGAAAGUGGAUUCAUACAGCAAAGAGUGAGAAUUUUCGUGAUCGGUUGUGAAAUUCUUGUGUCUCUUAUAGUGAUGUGUGAGAGAGUUCGUUUGAUUUUUUUGUGAAAUAUGGGGCUUCAGAAAAGAAAUAUGUAGAUUUGGCAGGAGGUUGCGGUUGUAACUUAUAACUGAUAUUGGUUCAAAAGGAAAGGGAUGCAAAAAUCACUAAUAGUGGGUUACGUAUGUAUCGGCAUUUGGGGUGGUUCAUUGGUUUGAAAUAUAGGACUUGGUCAGCAAAGAGGUUGCCUGAUGCUAAGCCCCACCCGGCCAGGGUUAAGCCGGUGGCUAUGUUGGACACUGCACAGGAAAUUGCCAUUUACAUUCAUAGGUUUCACAAUCUUGACCUUUUCCAGCAGGGAUGGUAUCAAAUUAAGAUUACUUUGAGAUGGGAAGAUGAUGACUAUACUUCUUUGGGAACUCCAGCAAGAGUUGUUCAAUAUGAAGUUCCUGAUCUGGGUUCUGAUGAUGUAUAUGGAGUAUGGAGGAUUGAUGACACGGACAACAGUUUCUCAACCCAACCUUUCCGGAUCAAGUAUGCAAGGCAGGAUGUUCUCUUAUCCAUCAUGAUCUCAUUUAAUCUACCUGUUGGUAGAUAUGAGGGUCCACCCACUUCUGCAGUUAUUUUGAAGUUUGAGCUUAUGUAUGCUCCAGCCCUUAAAAAAGGGUCUGAGAUACUGGCUUCUCUUGAUACUUCCCCUUCUGCAGUGCAUGAAUUUCGAAUUCCUCCUAAAGCUCUUCUAGGGUUGCAUUCUUAUUGCCCUGUUCAUUUUGAUACUUUCCAUGCUGUGCUUGUUGAUGUAAGCAUACACACCAGUCUACUGAAAGUUGGUUCUUCCAUGUCCCCCCUGAAGGUACCCAGUGGAUCCAGCACUGCUCAAGAUGAUGCAGGUGACAGUUCCAUUGGGUCGAAAGUUGCUUCUGUAGAUUUUAAAGACGUCAUGCUUGUUAAAGCAUUAUUAACUGCUCGUGACAUCUUGCUUGAAGAGCUACUAAAACUUAGCCGAGCAAUUGACCAAGCUGUUGAUUUGACUGAUUUUAUAUCCAACAUGGAUGAUACAAAUUUGUUUGGUUCUGUCCUGAAAAAAAAUUUGGGUGCUGCAGAUGAAGUUUCAGGACAAGGCAAGCCACGAAAUGGUCUUGAGAGAGCAAGUGGUAGUCUAGAUUUUCGAAGUGAGGAAUUGCUUCGCCGCUUAUCUAGGGGUGAUUUGUUGAACUCUUUUCAUUCACUGGGUGAUCAAGUGUCAUAUUUAUGGAAUACUUUUUUGCAUUUCCACAGGUCUAAUGAAAGGAAGAUAUUGGAAUUCCUGUGUGAUGCAUGGGCUAAGGAUCGGAGAGCUGAAUGGUCAAUAUGGAUGGUACACUCUAAGGUUGAGAUGCCUCAUCACUAUUUAAAUAGUGGAGGUGAUGAGUCUUCCCAUAAUGGUUCCCAUAAAAGAGUUUCAAGUUUGUGGAAGUUAACUGAUGAUCCUGCCCAAACUGCAGCUACACGUGCUGAGCUUCAUAGGCGAAGUAUUGCACAGAUGAAUAUCAACAAUCGGUCAAUUCAAGACAUGCAAAUAUUUGGAAAUCCAUCACAUAUUCCUAUUGUAAUUGUAGAACGUGUGAUGAAUGCCAGGUGGCGCUCUUCUAGUGAAAAUUCAUACUUGAGACAUUUUGAUGUGAUAGAUUCGAUGGUCCCACUCACUGGACCCAGCUCUGCAGCUGCCAACAAGAAAUCUGGUUCUGGCUCACUCCAAAAUGGUCGUGUUUUGAGGAUUGUUGUCUUUGUGCACGGGUUUCAGGGGCAUCACCUGGAUUUACGGCUUGUUAGAAAUCAGUGGCUUCUGAUUGACCCAAAGACAGAGUUUCUUAUGUCUGAAGCAAAUGAAGACAAAACAUCUGAUGAUUUCAGAGAAAUGGGACUAAGGCUUGCUCAGGAAGUGGUUUCUUUCGUUAAAAAAAAGAUGGAUAAAUUUUCAAGAUCUGGACGCUUAGGAGACAUUAAGCUUAGUUUUGUGGGACAUUCUAUUGGAAAUGUGAUUUUAAGAACAGCAUUAGCAGAGAGCAUUAUGGAGCCAUUCCUAAGAUACUUAUAUACAUAUGUUUCUAUAUCUGGUCCGCACUUGGGAUAUCUUUAUAGUUCAAACUCUUUAUUUAACUCUGGGCUGUGGCUUUUGAAGAAGUUUAAGGGCACACAGUGCAUUCAUCAGCUUACUUUCACAGAUGACCCGGAUCUCCAAAAUACAUUCUUCUACAAGCUGUGUAAGCAGAAAACACUGGAGAAUUUCAAGCAUAUCAUCCUGUUAUCUUCACCUCAGGAUGGUUACGUUCCAUACCAUUCAGCCAGAAUUGAAACUUGCCAAGCAGCCUCUUGGGACUUCUCAAAAAAGGGUAAACUAUUUCUAGAGAUGCUAAAUGAUUGCUUGGACCAGAUACGAGCCCCUUCUUCUGAGCAGCGAGUAUUCAUUCGCUGUGAUGUCAACUUUGAUACAUCCUCCUAUGGCAAGAAUUUGAACUCCUUCAUCGGACGUGCUGCUCAUAUUGAGUUUUUGGAGUCUGACAUUUUUGCAAGAUUCUUAAUGUGGUCUUUCCCUGAAUUAUUUCGUUAAUGGGGAUGUGGGGAAUCUGACUGUCUUUGGCAUUCACACUUUUUGUCUUUCAGCAUCAGAGACCAAGAAUGAUGGCUUUCUGGGGAUCAGAUGUCUUAAUAAUUGCAGUCAUGUCCUUGCGUAUGGGAAGGGCCGGGUCAUAUGUAGCCAUUGACCACUGUAAAUUACUGGCUUAAAGCGGGUUCCAAGUGAAGGAAAUUGAAUAUCUGGUUAGCUGAAUGUGAAUCAUGUUACUGAAAGGUCUAGGGGUUGAGCUAAAUAGUUCAAACUGGGACGAUGUUAAGGUAGACCUUAGUUUAUUUCUAGAGACAGGCUUCAAGAAAUAGUGAUGUAAUUACAGAGUAGGUCAGGUAGAUUCCUAUUUUGUUAUUAUACUUUUGAUGCAGUUACUAUUAGAUACAAGGAUAGUUUAUUGUGAACAAGAGUAAGGGUCACGACUCAUGCAUACAAUUUGUAUGCAAUAAUAAAGUUUAGUGUAACGCCUUUCUUUUUGUU